CCACUGUGAUUGGCGAAUAGAAAAGAUUGGCUUCGCGAAAUGGCACGUACCUUGUGAGUCAAGAUUAAACGUUUUAUCUACUCUCUGUUAACGGAUAUCGCGAAUUCUUCGAUUUUGAAUGUAUCUCGGAGCAACGAACUCGUCUACCGGCAGCUGAAAUCUCUCUAGAAUAUGGUUGUGUUCGUUUGUUAAUUCUGCUGACAGACACGUGAAAUUUUUGUUGCUACGCGGUCGAGUCGACGAAGUAGCUGGAUCAGAUACGCGGUAAAAAUAAAUGUGCCCGAGAAAAAACGCAAAAGAACAAUCGCAGUGAUAAUCGCGUGCAUUUUUCGAAUGAGAUCUGGCGUGGUGCACGUGCAUCGUCCAAUCGUUGCCGAAGGAACCGUUAGAAGUUUCCGUUGUGUGCGCAUUUGAACGAUCUAGUACACAUUUGUCAUCUACGUGCGGAGAACCACUCCCGAUUGCUGUUACGGUGUUUCCGUGAUACUCGUAACCAAGUGAAGAAAGAGUAUCAGUAUGGCUGUUAAUGUUUAUGCGACGAAUGUGACAACUGAAAACCUUAGUCGACAUGAUAUGUUGGCAUGGGUAAAUGACUGUCUGCAAUCAUCAUUUACCAAGAUUGAAGAAUUAUGUACAGGAGCUGUUUAUUGCCAAUUCAUGGAUAUGCUCUUCCCUGGAAGUGUGCCAUUGAAGAGGGUCAAGUUCAAGACUAACCUCGAACAUGAAUACAUACAGAAUUUCAAAAUUUUGCAGGGUGGUUUCAAAAAAAUGAAUGUAGACAAAGUAAUACCAGUGGAUAAAUUGGUAAAAGGCCGCUUUCAAGAUAAUUUUGAAUUUCUACAAUGGUUCAAGAAGUUCUUUGAUGCAAAUUAUGAUGGCCGUGAAUAUGAUGCUUAUGAAGCUCGUGGUUGCAUACCACUGGGUUCUGGUGUUGAUGGAACUCAUAACUUAUCAAAUCCUCAGUUGGUACCUUUACCACCUCAAUCAAAACAGAUGCAAAUGCAGCAAAAACAUACACAGCAACGUAACAUUGCCCCUCGUCAACAGGGCAGGUUCCAAGACAAUUUUGAAUUCUUACAAUGGUUCAAGAAAUUUUUUGAUGCAAACUAUUCAAGAACAGAGCCAUAUGAUGCACUUGCUAUGCGAGGAGGAGAAGCCAUGGGUAGUGGUGGAAAUAAUGCACCGCAUGGCACUAAUGCAAAACGCACUACACCACGUGAUGUAAAUUCGACUAAACCGGCUGCUCGUAUUGUUAAUGGAAUUGAAAAUGUCACUGGAAGGACUAGAGAAGGAAAGAGAUUUUUAUUUCGGAAAGUUACGUGAUAUUGAAGUUAUGUGCCAAGAUUGUGAUAACGGAGAUCCUCCUCCAAUAGUACAGAAAAUCUUAGAAGUUCUUUAUGCAACAGAGGAAGGAUUUGCACCGCCAGAAGAAUUGGAGGGAGACGGCCUCGCGCCCGACGACGAGGAAGAAUAUUAACUUCACUCUUUUUGUAUAAUCAUUAUAAAAAAAAAAAAGUAUGACAGCAAAUUGUCCAAGUGCGUUUCAGUUUAUUAUGUAUUUGUGAGCCAGUAUCAGUAUCCUUCGCAUAAUUGAUAAGCUACUUUGUAUAGCUGUUUAAGCAUUUUCGCCUCCUCAUUUUUCGUUACGGACCGUUUUCACUGAGAGAGUUUCAUUAAAAGAUUCGCACGUAUAAUUAGGGUAGAAAAGUACAUUGAAUAAAUGCACUUGAAUAACUUGUACUUUACGGAAGUAAUUAUUAAGGACGAAAGAAAAAGGAAAAAAAAAAACAGAAUUAGCAGUUCAUAUAUUGUCAUAGUUCUUUAUUGUAAUUAAAGUAACGGUAGAGCUUUGAACAUCGACAUGGUCUUAAAAUACGAAACAAAAAAAGAAAGCAAAAGAUAUUUUUGGAUACAGAUACUCGACGGCUAUCUGAAUCCACUUUGUUAUACAGUAAUUUUACGUUAAUUAUGUUCAAUAAGUGUGAGUGUUUUUGUUUGUAAAUGCACUACUGUUUUUAUUGAUAAAUAGAUGAAAUCUCGUC